AUGAAAGAAAAACGAAAUAUGCACGUGACUGGAGCAAAAAAAGAUGAAAAUAAUGCAGUGACUGCAGUGAGAAUGCCAUGGUACAUAUACGAGCACAGGGCGUAUACUAAGGAGAGAUGGGUUGGGUGCAAAUUACUUGAUGUUUUGUCGAAUGAAUUUAAGAGAAGAAGUUCUUUGUACUUUCAGAAGGCAAUUGAGGCAGGCAGCAUCCAUGUGAAUGCACAGAGUGUAGAUAUUUCAUAUAUCUUAAAGCAUGGGGAUCUAAUCACACAUACAACGCACAGACAUGAACCCCCUAUUCCAACGGAUAAAAUAGAUAUAAUUUAUGAAAAUAACGACAUUUUAGUAGUAGAUAAGCCAUCUGGUAUACCAUGUCACCCUAACUCAAGCUACAAUAAGAACAGUCUAACAGAGAUACUUAAGCAAAGAAUGGGACUUAACUUCAUCUCAGCACAGAAUAGACUAGAUAAACAGACAUCAGGGAUUGUGAUUCUUGCUAAGAACUCACAGGCAGCAGUGGAAUACCACAAGAAAAUGGCAGAAAGAGAAGGAAUAAAGAUAUAUCUGUGCAAAGUGCGUGGUGAAUUCCCAGAGCAUGAAAUAAUUGUAGAUCUACCACUAGCCAUUUCCAGGAAAACAUGCACUACAACAAUACACCAAAUAGACGGAGUAUUCCAAGGGAAGAAGAGUACAACCAUCUUCAGACGAAUCCCACAGAAUACAGCAGCAGGAGAAAGCAUCUUAGCAUGUGGACUUGUCACAGGAAGAACUCACCAAAUAAGAGUCCAUCUCCAGGCAAUUGGAUUUCCCAUAGUGGAUGAUAUGGUUUACAGUCAGCCAUACAUAGAAAGUGACCUAAUUAAUGAUCUGUUAAAAAUCCAAGAUAAUGAAAUUGUCGUUGAAAAAGAUCAAAAUGAAGAGAAGCAUACUCUAGAUAUAAACAAGAAAUUAGAUAUAUCUCAUGAUAAAACCACAGAAGAAGACUCUAUAAGAAGUAGUCCUAUCCCAGAGAAAAUUAAAAGAAGAAUUGUAGUGCAAGAGAAUAAAACCAGUGAAAUUAUAGAAGAGAAAGAAGAAAACUGCCAUAUCACAACAGAAAAGACUCAAAAGAAUGAAAGGACAGGUGCAGGGAAUUGUAAAUCACCAGAUGUCAUAGUAAAAAAAGAAGAGAACAACCUACACACAGAAGUUAAUGAAUUUGAAAAUAUUCCAGCACAAGAAGUAGACAAGGAUUUGUCUAAAGAUCUAGAGGAUAAGAUAGACAGUAAUUAUAGACUAAUUAAUAGCAAGAGUAUACAUAUAACAGAGGAAGUGUACUUGAAAAUAGCAGAAUCAUGUGGUUUAUCACUGACAAACGAGUCAGUCAGUGAAUUUGUGGCAGCAGAAGACUGCAGAACUGAUGAGUUCCAGGAUGACAAGGAAUACCUUCAAGGUGUCUCAACAAAUUGUCCAUCUGAAUUUAUUGCAGAGUCAUGCAUGCACUGCAGGAAGUCAGAAGAUCUGCUUAGUAGCCUCCCUAAGUUCUCUACAUUGUCUUUGCAUGCAUGGAAAUAUUAUUUAAAGGAUAAUUCAUUUACAACAGAACUUCCAUCCUGGUGCCCAGAAGAAAUAGAUAGUUCUGUUUGGGAGGGAAUAGAGGCAACAAAGAGCAAGUUAUGCCACUAUAUAUAA